UCGGUGCUGCCCGGAGAAUCGCUCAAGGCGUGGCUCGGAGCUAAGCUUCCUAAGGGAGCCAUGGGGCUGCAGGCUAGGUUUGUCUUUUGGCUUGUAGGGGCCUGAGCUCCGUCUGUGACCGAAUGGAAUCACCUGCCCGGCUGAGUCUGUGCUCUGAAGAUGAGCAGCCUAGUGUUCAGCUGUGGGGCUGUGAGCUGAGCAGCAGCAAUAGGAGCUGUGUCUUCACAGCAGCAGAAGAUCUCCUGGAGCACCUGCUUAAGCUGAAGACGAUCUGCUUAAGUGUGGCCACUGAUGACCAGCUGACUGUGGUGGCUGCCACUUCUAAGAAUGUCUAUGGAAGUCUGACGCCAGUCCCCAUCGCCUGUCUUCGGUCCUCUGUUCUGCCCAUGAUCAGCCUGGAUGGCCUGGAGUUUGUCCCGCCUGUCACCUUUGUGCUGCUGUCGGGUUCGGGCCCUGUCUACAUCAGCGGGCUGCACUUGGCCUUGGAAGAGGAUACAGAAUCCGACCCGGAGAUGACGUGUUCUUUGUCAGUAGGAGAUGACAUGAUACAGACUAGUGGCACCAGAUUCUUCCAGUGUUUCAGCACGAACUGCUCAGCGUAG